UUAUUGACAGAUCGAGACGAGAUCUAGAUCUUUGUCUUGACUCUAUGAAUAAGAAAUCAAAGAUUCUGUAGAUUGAGUCUGUCCAACAAAGAUUCAGGAUCCAGUCUAGAUCUAAAGUCUAAACUAAAAGUCAAAGAAGACUCUAUUUAAACUCUAUUAAUAAUUAAGAUUAAGUAUUAUUAGCCUAGAUUUUUUUUGUAGUUAAGGCUAAGAACUUAGGCUAAGACAGGCUAAGUAGAUUAACUACUAUUCUAAUUCUAGAUCUAGAGUCUAGAGACUGACUGGUGAGUCUGGACAAGUCUGGUGACAUAGAAAAAUAUAUCUAUAUUAUAUAGAUCUAAAUCUAUAUAGUAUAGAUCUAGAUGAUAGAUCUAGCUAGACUCAACGUCUCAAGACUGUAGUAGUAGAACUGUUACUGUAGUCACUAAACUGUAGACUGACGCUAGUUCACUGUGGCUAAGCCUAAGGACGUAGUCAGUACUGAAUCAACUGAAUGAUAUUAUUAUAGACUCUAGAAAUCAUUAUUUAUUAUGAUGGAGAGCGAUCUACCUAACCUUUCAACAGUGUCAACACCAAACUAUCGCCUCAAACUUAAAAAGCCCCUGGAUGUGUGGUCUACUAGAGAGAAAUUAUGCUUGGCAAGUGCAGUUUUCAAAAUUGGUGACCAAAACUGGGUAUCUGUUAGUCGGACCAUCAAGCCUUAUGCAGAUCCCAACAGACCACCUGACUGGUUCCAUCAAAAGAAUUGUUUACUUCAGUACUAUGACAUGAUGGAGCAGCUGGAACAACCAAAACGAAAAAGAGGCAGUGAGAAAUCUGAGAGUGAAGCCCCAAGUUUACAAAUAAUGAGAAAAAUGACUAUAGAAAGAAGUGAACAGCUGAAGAAAGAAAUACUUGAAAUGCAACAAAAUUUUAAAACACUCAAGGCUGAAGUGGAAGCCAUUAAAGCUGGUCAGUGGGAUGAUAAAAUUAAAGAUGUCUGGACAGAAAUACAGGAAGAAUUGAAAGCAAAGGAAACAAAAAUCAAAAUGGAAUUAAAAAGUGAAGAUGAUGAAGAGGAUUUGAAAACUUCAGAUUUAUUAAAUAUUGUUGUUUGUGAGUCAACUGACAACAAACAAGAAUCUCUUGAUGAAAUCUCUGUGCUGCAGAUGGCUGAAGAAGAGACUAGUCAACAAUCUCAACUAAGUAGCACUGCUAGUCAACAAUCUCAACUAAGUAGCACUGCUAGCACAGCCACAUCAGCUGAAGUCCUCCAGUCCAGUGAGAUCACUUCUAAGUUACCUGUAGCUUCACAUCUUCUCUCAUCACUUCUAAAAAGUGAAGUCAAAUCAGCAACAGAACUUCAGAAGUUAAAAAAUGAACAAGAACAAGUUCAGUCACAAGCUCAGUUGUCAACAGUUCAAGAAAUAUCCAAAAGUAACAAGUCCCUCAAUGAGGAGGAAAUUAAAAAUGAUAACAAAGUGACAUCUGAAACAGUUCAACCAGCUUUACCUAAACUCCAAACUGCUAUUAGUGUCCCAAGUGUUGAUGACAAAGAGGUGGAGGCCAUUAACUCCACUGAUCUAAUGAUGCCUAUAAAUGAGGAAAUAGUUUCUGAGACCACUGAUUUUGUGCAGGAUGUUCUGGGGAGCAGUCAGAGAGAGGAAACUCUUGAUCUACAAAUCAAAGAGGAACCAUUGCACACCAGUACUGAGGCCGAGGAUGGGAACAAAACACAAGAUACAAUGGAGACAAAGGAAGAGCAAGCUUUGAACACAAGUCUGAUAGCAAGCUUGAGCAAUAUAAACCAUCAGGUUGACAAAGAAGAGAUAGAAGUCAGCACAAAGAAGUCUGUGGAUGAAAUAGAACUGCAGGAAUCUCCUUCUCCAACCAGUAGUAUUUGUUCUAGAAUCAGUGAAACAGGAAGCAGGAGAGGAAGGUCAAGAGGACGACCACGAAGUAAUAAAACAUCUCAACUUUCUGUUAAAAAAAGUUCUAUUGAAGAAGAUAAAAAAGAUGAUGGUGUUGGCAGUGAUGUGGACAGCGAGGAAGAUGACCCACUUAAUGGACAGUUGACUUCAAUCAACCCAGUGGCACUGCUGUCUGAGUCAUUCCCAAACAGCCCUGCUUCUUUAUCUAUUUGUAGUGACACAGAAGAAGAAAAGUCUCUCAAACAAUGGAAGAAGUCCAUCAUGCUUGUUUGGAGAGCUGCAGCUACUCACAAGUAUGCUAAUGUGUUUUUACAUCCAGUAACAGAUGACAUAGCUCCAGGUUACCGCAGUGUUGUUCACAGACCCAUGGAUCUGAGCACAAUAAAGAAGAACAUUGAAACUGGUUCAUUGCGUACGACUGUUGAGUUCCAAAGAGACAUGAUGCUUAUGUUCACUAAUGCCAUUAUGUACAAUGCAUCCAAUCACAAUGUCUACAAGAUGGCUAAAGAAAUGUAUGAUGAUGUCAUGCUUCACAUUGAGCAAUAUGUGAACACACAGAUGAUGAUACAAACUACAGAUGCUAAGAAUCUUCGCCAGUCUCGCAGACCUGAUACUUCAGAUAAGGAAGAGGAGGUGAAAAAAAGGCGUCACUCUGUUGAUCAGACCGAAGGUGGCAAAUUGAAAAAGAGAAAAACUCGUCUUGAUGAAAGUCUCCCAUGAUGUCUGCCCUGAAGUUUUUGUGCUAAUGAAAUGAAUGUUUUUGAAAUGAUUAAAUGAAAGAACUUUU